UAAAUAAUGAGUUAAGUUAAGAUCAAAGUGGGCGGUAUUUGAGUUUGACAUCCCUGAUGGUAAAUGGGUUGGUUCUUAUUUAGCACUUUUCAACUCUACCUGAAAGCUCAAAGUGCUUUAUAUGACAUGCGUCAUUCACCCAAUCACAUCCAAUCAUACAUGUACUUUUUUUUAUGCUUAAGAUCCCUAAGGCCCCUGGUACCAUUAAACUGUAGUUUAACAUUCUGUGAUAUAAAUCUUUUUAUCGUAUUUUUCAUUCAUCAAAGGCUCUCAGUUACCUCGUCAAAUAGCUGGAUUGUGCUCACUUGUUAAGUCACUGUUCCAAUGCUAAAUAAUGCUAAGGCUGUUUUCUGUCAGGUAAAGACAAAAGAUCAACAUUUUCAUUAAAGUAAUGCAUCAUAAAGAUGUGAAUUUAUAUUUAUCAGUAGGGUAUGAAAAAUAUACUGUAUGUCUAGUCUGAAAUUAUCUGAGUGUUAAAUCUGAAUGAGAUUAGAAAGGCACUAUAUGAGUACUGGUCGUACUGGGUAUGACAAGAUGCACACUGAUACAGCAGUUAAACAACCAUCAGUGAUCCAGCCCCGAUUAUAAGAUUUAAUAAAUGUAAUAAACAAUGUAAUAAAUUGUUUUAUUAGCCUGAUUGCAAGUAUUUAUUUAAUAUGUAUCAUCUUCUUCAACAACAGUUUAAGGUUCGUUAACGGUCGAAUGGCACAGUAAACUGUUAUACAUCAUAUAUAUAUACAUGUAUAUAUAUAUAUACACAUAUAUACGCAAAAAGCAUGUUUGCAAGUUGAUAUAUAUCCACACCCAUGGGCUAUUACCGCACCUAAUUUUAUUAGUAGGCAUUCCGUUGUCUCAAGCUAGAUGAAGAGCAGGAUAAACGGUUGGGAUGUGAAAUAAAAAUGUAUAUAUCUAUAAACACUGGAAAAGUCAGAGAUAUGGGUUGGCUUAUGUCAUAAACGAACCCUCUCGGACCAAUACUGUUACGGUGACUACUAAGCUGUAAACUUCCUGAUAAAAGUUGAACUUACUGGACUCUGUGUGGCCUUUGGUACAAGGAGGAGCAACAGCCCUCAGGGUGUGGAGUGAGUAUAUAACCAGACAUGUAUCCAAGAAUAGGUCUGACAGAACGUGUGCCUGUGGGUGCGAUGAAGUGCUAUUAAGUUUUGCUUGGAUAACUCAGAAACAAGCUUAAGGAAUUACAUGACAGAAGCCAAGUGAAAGCCGUGACAAGGGCAAAGUCUGUCUCUCAAGAGAUGGAUGUGAGGAUGUUAGAGAUCCCUGCUGAGCUGUCCGCCAGACUCCACAGCACAGGAGGGCAGAAGCAGGGAUCAGGAGUCACAGAGGUCUCACCUCCACAGGUGAAAGCAGAACAUAAGCUCAACCUGCCUCUUGAUGUUGACAGCUACCCAUUCUCACGCUAUGCCAAGUCUGUAUUAAAGGAUACAUGGUGCCAGCCUCAGGGAUAUCCCCUUCAGAAACCCCUUACAGCUCAAGAACCUGAAGAUGCCAGAACUGCUUUGGAGAUUUACAAACUGAUUUUGCAUUUCACAGGAGAUGUAGAUAUUAGCAGCUGGCAAGAGCAAAUUUUAGGCAACUACAUAGUGGAGAAAGGCCAAAGCCUGCCAGCCUUGAGGGAUGAGAUCCUGGUCCAGCUGGUUUACCAUACUUGGAGCCUGAAGGAGGAGCAGCAAAGCCUGAGGGGCUGGUUGCUGAUGGCCUGCUGCCUAAGUGCUUUCACACCAUCACCAUCACUGGACAAACAUCUACUCAAGUAUGUAUCUGACUAUGGUCCAGGGGAGUACCGUUCACUGUGCCAACAUAAACUGCUGACAUCUAUGAAGCUUCCAUCUCCAACCUGCCGGAUGUACCCACCCACCGAGCUGGAAUGGACAUCCAACCAGAGAAAGGGAACCAUGUUGGUAGACGUUCACACCUACAAUGAUGAGAAGUUUGUAACUGAAGUGGAGUCUUGGACCACAGGAGAGCAGCUAGCGUCGUGGAUUCUUCAUUUCAGAGGUGUUUCGGAAGUGGUACAGGGCUGGUCAGUGUCUCUUUUUUCAAUCGAUGACGGCUGGUCUGAUUUAGCUGGCUCAGAUUUUGUCAUGGAUCUCCUGGCUGGAGCUGAAGCUGAAGUGCUCCCACCAGAAGGGACUCCCACCUCUACUUACUCUGAUUACCUGUUCAGCAACCAAGGAGAUAGGAUGUUAACAACCGAUCAAGAUGACUUUAUACCACCAGCACCACCCAUACAAGCUCCUGGUCUACCUCCUUUUGAAGGAAACCAGUGGAGAAGAGAUUAUCCACAGGAAGGGCGCAGUCGACAGAUGGAGGCCUAUGUUGAUGACAUAUUUGAACCCGUACUGGACAAUGGACCUCCAGACAUGGAAAGAGUAGCUAUUCUGAAUCGCAGGAUGAGAGGGGGAGGGGGGAUUGGACCGAUGCACUCUGGCAUGUAUGGAGCAGGUAUGCCUAUGACAAUGCCAAGCUAUCCUUUGGGAGCACCAGUCAACCCCGCAAUGCCCAGUUAUGGUGCAAAUCCCAUGAUGCCAGCCAUGCCAGCCAUGCCAACCAUGCCAGCCAUGAUGAUGCCUCAGGCUCCCAUGCCUGCUCCUGCUGCUGACCCCAUGCAGAUGGCAGCAGCAACGCAACAGGCUCUAAUCAACCAGCAAGCCCUUCUCAUGGCCCAGCAGAUGACCAUGCAGGCAAUGACUCUGUCCCAGCAGCAGGCACAGGAGCAGCAGAAGAAGGAGCAGGAGAGACUGAAGAGGGAGGAACAAAGGCAGAGGGAACAGGAAAGAAGGCAGGAGGAUGAGAGGGAACGGAGGCGUAGAUCAGAACGGCGUUCUAAGGACCGUUCAAGUUCACCUCCUCCUCAGUCUCGCUCACCCCCACCUGUCCAGUCCAAAGCAUCUGCGCCUAAAAUCACCCAAAACUACAGUCAGCCUGAGGCAGAGCCAGAAACAGAAGUAAACUUAGAUGCAGAUGAGCUAUACUCUGUCAAAGAUAAGAGGGACUUCUUCCAGAAGAUUGCCACUCAGCCCAACCCUAAAGACCCUAAAACCCUAAAGACACGUCAAGCCCCAAGCACAACCAGACAGCAACAGCACUCACCUCCAUUAACUUCUCCUUUGCCCCCACCUGUAGCAGCUAAGCCAGAAGUGAAACAUCCACAAAGCCCACCUGCAAGGGAAGUUGACCCCCCAAAAGAAAAACCAACCCCAACUCCCCUCACUAAGCCUCAACCUGAACCCACUUCCAACAUUCGGGAAAUCAUCAAACAGUUCAACAGCCGACCACAACCAGAACCCGAACCCUUUCAGCCCGUCAGACAUCCUGCAAAAUCAUUUGUAAAGAAGAGUAACCCCAAAGAGGAAGCUCUGGCUAAGCUUAAAAACAAAGCACCAGUGGCACAACAGAAGAAACAGUGGGUGCCUCCUCCACCCCCUUCUCCAAAGACCCGUUCACCACAGAAAUCUCCACCAUCAACAAGGGGUCGCAGAGUCAUCUCCAACAGCAUGAGACAGAAACAGCGCUCCCUGGAGGACCUGUUCAGCUCCCAGCAGCCCCAGCACCCUCCUCCUUCUCCCCCUGACUCCCCACCACCUUCCCCAGGCUUUCAGGACAUCCCUGAGCCACCAUCAAUGGCUGCUCCAUCAAUAAAUGAUGAUAUGCCAGAGGACGAAGGCAUUCAGUCCAAACUCCACCGCUUCUCUGCUGGGGUUUACUUCUCGUACUACAACAUGCCAGGAAAACUGUUCCUGCGAAAAGAAGUUUUUUACCCCAGAGAGAUGUUUAACCAGCCCUAUAUUCUUAAUCUGUUGUGUGAACAGAUAAUCAAGGACACUUACUCUGACAGCUGCGAGAAGAUCAGCAAAGAGGAGAGAAGGAAGAUGAAAGAUCUGCUGGCAAAUUUCAACAUAGGAACAACUAUAAACACCAUCCAGGACAACAACAUGAAGAAGAGGAUUGUCAUUGCAGCUCGAGACAACUGGGAAAACUACUUUACUCGUCUGUUCCCUGUGAAGCCAGACAGUGGGGAUGCCCAGGUGUUGGGUGUGUCUCAUCGCGGGAUUCGUCUCCUUAAGAUGGUGAGGGCAUUGGGGAUAAACCCCAAACAUCUCCGGCUACUCAGAGGUUACAGUUUUGCAGAGGUGCUGUCAGCUGAACUUCAGGGUGAAGACACAGUGGCACUGAAGCUGAAGAGUGAAAAACUGGUGUUGCAGUCACGCAGGGCUCCUCAGAUCAUUGCUAUGAUUCAGUCAUUCAUCCAGGAACUCAUCAAGGACUCAAACCAUGUAGUUGCCCUGAAGAGUUUUGUAACAGAUGACAAGAGUCUACUCAGCUUCAAUAAGGGUGAUAUAAUCAAACUGCUGCCAAUGGAAGGGCUAGAGCCAGGCUGGCGUUUUGGCAACAAGGGAGGACGUUCUGGUCUUUUUCCAGAAGACCUCACCAAGCCAUCUGCAGCCCCAGACUACCACUGUCUCAAUCUAAACCACAGAGAUGAGAAGAGGAAAAGCAUGAGGAAGACUCUCAUCAACAAACACAUGGGCAGCAGUAAUUCAAAGCAGCCUGGAAGAGAGGCUUCACCCCACGGUUUGGUGCAUGGAUCUCUCCAGAGAUCACAACAGAGCUCAAUGCAGGGCUCAGUCCUCAACUUAGAGGUGAACUCACCGAUGGCUGACUUUGCCAUGAAGUACUUCAGACUGGGGACAACAGGUCUGCCAGCCAACGGAAGGAAUUUUUCACAAGUGAUUGAAUACACAGAGACUCCCAUCCAGGAAUCUCUCAUUCUCUAUAAUGACCCUGAAAUCAAGGAGUUAUCUAUUCAGUGUUUCACAAACAUGAUGGAGUACAUGGGAGACAUGCCAAUGAGGAAGAACAGCAGCCAGCCAGAGUGUCUGAGGCAGAUUCUUCUGCUAGGGAAGGAAAAGGAACUGCUGAGGGAUGAAAUAUUCUGCCAGGUUAUCAAGCAAACUACCAACAACCCAAAAAAAUCCAGCUGUUCCUUAGGUUGGCAACUACUCAGUGUGGUGGCUGGCUUUUUCCCUUGCUCUGCUACACUGCAGCCUUAUAUCACACGCUACCUCGAUGACAUCUCUCAGGAUUAUGUGCACCCAUACCAUGAACUGGCAUCUUUGAGUCAUGAUAACCUCCAGCGCUCUCUUCGCUUUGGUGGUCGCCGCAAUAUCCCCUCAUAUCCCGAGAUAGAAGCAAUACUGGCUGGCAAAACUUCUAUCUAUAUUCCUAUCCACCUGCCAGGAGGAGUGGAAUUUCCCAUACAAAUAAAAAACUUCAGUGUCACUGAAGAUGUGGUAAUGGAGUUGUGUAAAGAAAUGGGCAUCACCCAACUCAAAGAAAUCAAAGAGUUCUCCAUCCUUGUCAUUAGACAACAAGAUGGGAUGGUGCGUCCCCUUCAUUUUGAGGAGUACCUGUUUGACUUUCUGGUGGAGGACAACUCAAGCUCCUUGUUGCUGAGAAGAGUGAUGUGGAGAAUGCCUCUUUCUUUUAUCAAUGACCUUUAUGUGGAUUUCCACUACCAACAGCUUCUUGCAGACUAUCUGAGCGGGCAACUGAUGCUUCCUCCUGUCACAGGAGGGUCAUCAACAAUCCAGCAGAUAGCAAUGCUGUCAGCCCUGCAGCACCUGGCUCUGGGCCUGCAGGACCAGCCCUCACUGUCAGAAAUAAAGGGGUACCUGCCUUCACAGACUGGGCUCCGUAACAAAGUGGAGGAGAUCCUCACUUUCUGUCAGGGCCGGAUUGCUGCCAUGCAGUCCCUUAGCCCUCAACAUGCUAAAGUACAAUUCAUUGAGGUUCUGAGUUCUCUGCCCCUGUUUGGAUCCAACACUUUCCUGGCUGAGAAGGUGAGCCAGCGUGGUUGUCCUUCUCCGUGUGUGGUCUGCAUCAACCAGGAAGGAGUGCUGUUCCUACACUCCAAAACACAGGAGCAAGUGUUUCGGAUUCCUCUGACUGAUGUUCAGUUCAUGCGCACCAUUCACCCCAAUAAAAAAGGCAAGGUGCCAGCCGUGGACAUUGACUAUGGCAAUCCAGCUGCUCCCAAAAAAAUCACCAUUCGUCUCAAACAGGCUAAACAGUUGUGCCACACUCUUGCUCUAUUAAUGGAAGAGCUGAUUCGACCGGCAAUCUCCAGUUCCAUUUCAAAGUAGAUUCAGUAGAUACAGAGAGAAAAGACAGGUUUUGUUCUUUUUAUUGUUAUUGUUGUUUUAUUGUUGCUAUUGUUGAAACAAACUGAGUAGAAACAUGCAGAAAUGAUCCUGAUAUCUGUCCUGUGUUAUAUGAAUGGAAACCUGCAACACGUAACACUCAUUAAGGAGCAUACUAAGUUAGAGACAAUAAAGUAUUAGAAUAAACGUAAGCCUUAAAUUUGAUCAUUAUCUGAACUAUAAACUGUUGUUGGAAUGCAAAGUUGAUUAAUUAUUGGAAUGAAUGCUGAUGUCAUUUAAGUAAAUUAGCAUCAUUAAAGAUUUACAUUACCUGCUUAAUAAAUCGUAUGUGCAUUUUUUUCCCCCAUCUUCUUUCACUAGUAGGCUUCCAUAAAUGAAGUAUAAUGAUCACAGAUGCAACCUGAAAGCUGUAAUUCUGAUCAAAUUUAAAACUCUGCAGUUAAUCAAAGCAAUAAAUAUUUUACUUUAUGACAAUUCACAAAUGAGUACUCCAUGACUGCACACCUACUGAGCUUUACUUAAGUAUACAUCAAGACAAGCUUUCUCAGUUAUUCUUAUUUCAAUGUGAUACGUAUUUAGGAAGACAUAAUGUGGCUGGGCUCUCGCUUAGAGAUGGGGUGAGGAGCUCGGUCAUUCGGGAGGGACUCUGAGCAGAGGCGCUGCUCUUCCACAUCAAAAGGAGCUAGAUGAGGUGAUCCAGGCAUCUCCAAGUCAGACCAAGACCAACCCCAAUUCCAGAAAAAAAGUAAAA